CACAUGUCUUAGUCACAUGAUAGUAACAUAUCGUCGUAGGAUUCUAAGGUUGGGAAUAUUCUUCUUCAUAGCCUGAUCCAUAAACUUCAUCAUUCAACCAUGUUUUCCUGUCCGGUUUGCGGCCCUAAAUUGUCAGUUUGUGGCAUCGUUAUCAGUGUUUGGGGUAUCGUUAUGUUGUCCUUAAUGGGUGUAUUUUUACACAUUCGAAGUCCAGCCUUCUUUGAGGAUCUACCUAUUUCUGAAUGGGAGUCUCAUGAGUACAAACCUGAUUAUAUCAACAAUAUGUACUCGCAGGCAUCCGUGAAUUGUUUCAUCGCAGCUGGACUUUAUGUAGCAGUGCUGAUCUUCUCGGUAAUUCAACAACGACAGAAUGCCAGAGCCAGUUACGUCCUCUCCUAAUGAAAAAAAUCCGAUGAGCUUACAUGAUGUAGAGCACAAAAUAGUUGGGCCUGCCUCUCGCGAAUUGGUUGCUUUUGAAGGAAACCAAGCUGUAAACUAGAAAAUGGUGUUUAAAAACAGAAUGUGUAUAAAAAUUGUGCUGUGUCAGUCAUGGAAAAAUGAUUUUCUUGAAAACAAACCGAGUAAAAUGUUGAUAAGCAACAAGGCUUGCCCAAUUUUUAGAUGUGUGUGUGUAUGGGUGUGACAGAUUUUUGUUUUUUCUUCAUAGUCAAGAAAAGUUUUAGCUGUAAAUUUAAACUGGUAGCUGAAUUGUUUAAUUCAAAUGAAUGGAUUAAUUACCGUGGGAUAAUUGAAUGGACUAAAAUUGAGCAAUAGAAGUGAUUUAUUUCCCCCCCUUUUCUUUUUGUUCAGUAUGGAAAUAUUUUUAGUAAAAACGGAUUUGAAAGAAGAUAAUAAAAAAAAA